UCUGGGAGGGGAGAGGAAAGCUGCGCGCGCAUUCCGCUGCUAUAUAAGGGUUGGCGGUUUACCUCACGGAGCCAGAGUCGGUUGAGAGCAGGGUGAUUUUAGGUGGAAGUGCCCUGUGUCGCCGCCAUCAUGAGGGAGAUCGUGCACCUGCAGGCCGGGCAGUGCGGGAACCAGAUCGGAGCCAAGUUCUGGGAGGUGAUCAGCGACGAGCAUGGCAUCGAUCCAACCGGCACCUACCAUGGAGACAGCGACCUGCAGCUGGAGCGCAUUAACGUCUAUUACAACGAGGCCACAGGUGGCAAGUACGUGCCCCGCGCCGUGCUGGUGGACCUGGAGCCCGGCACCAUGGACUCCGUGCGCUCCGGGCCCUUCGGCCAGAUAUUCAGGCCAGACAACUUCGUGUUCGGUCAGAGCGGCGCAGGAAACAACUGGGCAAAGGGCCAUUAUACGGAAGGUGCUGAAUUAGUUGAUUCUGUGUUAGAUGUUGUAAGGAAGGAGGCAGAAAGCUGUGAUUGUCUCCAGGGCUUUCAGCUUACUCACUCCCUCGGUGGUGGUACGGGCUCAGGUAUGGGUACCCUCCUCAUCAGCAAAAUCCGUGAAGAGUACCCAGACCGAAUUAUGAAUACUUUCAGUGUUGUUCCAUCCCCUAAAGUGUCAGAUACUGUAGUAGAGCCCUACAAUGCCACACUCUCGGUUCACCAGCUUGUGGAGAACACAGAUGAAACAUACUGUAUUGAUAACGAAGCUCUCUAUGACAUAUGCUUCAGAACACUGAAGUUAACCACUCCAACCUACGGUGAUCUGAACCAUUUAGUGUCAGCCACCAUGAGCGGUGUUACCACCUGCCUGCGGUUCCCAGGCCAGCUCAAUGCUGACCUGCGGAAGCUGGCAGUCAACAUGGUUCCCUUUCCCCGUUUGCACUUCUUCAUGCCUGGCUUUGCCCCUCUCACCAGCCGUGGGAGCCAACAGUACCGGGCUCUGACAGUGCCAGAGCUGACACAGCAGAUGUUCGACGCAAAGAACAUGAUGGCUGCUUGUGACCCGCGGCACGGCCGCUACCUGACCGUGGCUGCUGUGUUUAGAGGCCGUAUGUCCAUGAAAGAGGUGGAUGAGCAAAUGCUAAAUGUUCAGAACAAAAAUAGCAGCUAUUUUGUGGAAUGGAUCCCUAAUAACGUUAAAACGGCAGUCUGUGACAUUCCACCUCGUGGCCUGAAAAUGUCUGCCACCUUCAUUGGGAACAGCACAGCCAUCCAGGAGCUGUUCAAACGCAUUUCUGAGCAGUUCACAGCCAUGUUCCGCCGAAAGGCGUUCUUGCACUGGUACACAGGCGAGGGCAUGGACGAGAUGGAAUUCACAGAGGCUGAGAGCAACAUGAAUGACCUGGUGUCUGAGUAUCAGCAGUACCAGGAUGCUACAGCUGAGGAGGAGGGGGAGUUUGAGGAGGAGGCUGAGGAAGAGGCUGAGUAACAGCUAUGCAGAUGAAUACCUGUAAAUUUUGUUUAAAGCUGUAUGAACUCUCAUCAAACCUCUGUCUGUGUUGUGUUCCUCUUUAUGUCUCAAAAGUCACUUCAACUGCUGUACAGGCACCAUUAAAGCAUUUUUCACAGUGCA